CCCUAACUUUUACUACGGUCACACUUAGUAAAGUAACUCAUCAAAAAUACAUCGCAGUUGUUACGUGAGAGUUUUCAAACGCUAAUUUUUAUAUUUUAACAGUGCUUUUAUGAAAUUUUUUCUUCGCAAAAGUGUCUGGCAGUGAUUGUACAAAUGUAUUAGCAUAAAAAGCCGAAACCUAGCAACUGCGACUACUUCAAACCAAACAACUUGAUCAACAGCAGGAUCAAGAUCUGGGAUACGAAGUUCACAAUGGAUCAGCUAUUUCAGAGCUACCGCGACGAUGAGCGGAGGAUCGGCGAGGAGUACCUGUCCAGCCUGCAGGACCUCAACUGCAACAGCAAGCCGCUCAUCAAUAUGCUCACCAUGCUCGCCGAGGAGAACAUCAACUACGCCCACAUCAUUGUCAAAGUGGUGGAAUAUUACAUCAGCCAGGUGGCGCCCGAAUUUAAAUUGCCCAUACUAUAUUUAAUUGAUUCGAUAGUAAAGAAUGUGAAAAGCAGCUACGUCCAAUUGUUUGGGCAAUGCAUAGUCAACAUAUUCCUGCACGCCUUUGAGUCGGUUCAGCACUCACAGUCGCAGCUCUUGGAAAAAGUGCGGGAGCGCAUGUAUGCCCUGCGACAGACCUGGAACGAGGUCUUCCCGCCCUCCAAGAUGUACGCCCUGGAUGUGAAGGUGAAGCAACUGGAUAACAACUGGCCUAUCACAGCCAAACAGCCAGCUAAAAAAAUCCACGUCAAUCCGGCCAUUCAUGUGAACCCGGACUUUCUAAAAACGGGUAUGGUUCCUGUGAUGCCGGUCAACCCCACACUGCCCAGCGACAUGGAGGAGAUACUGCAGGCCAAGACUCGAGAAUUGUUGGAGCUCAAGAAGCGAAAACUAGAACUUGAGCUGGAGCAAACCAAAAAGCAUUUAGAGGAGCAGGAACGUCAGCUAAACCAGGCCACUGACGCGAUGACUGGGGCUCCCAUGAGCAUGCCUGCCCCGCCAGCAGCUGCUAUUCGUCCGCCUAUCAUGGAUCCCGGCCAGGCAAUGCGUAAUCAACGAGCUCCUGGAGCAAUACCCAAUAUGCCAGUGGCUCCGCAGUUUGCCAACAAGCCAAAGGUAAAUCCUGUCAAUCCGGCGCUGUUGAACUCGGUACGCCAGCGAGAUCCACGACUAGCGCGCCAAAUGCAGUCGCAGUCCUCACAUCCCGCAGCGCCUGCACGCAACGAUCCCCGCCUGGAGGCCAAGUCCAGCUCCUCACAGAAAUCUAGUCGGUCGCGCAGCAAAUCGCCUGUGCGCAACAGCAGCAGUCGCUCGGGAAAGAGUGGAAAUUCCCAUCACAGCAGCUCGUCUAGCCGUAAGCGAAGCGAGUCCAAGAGCUCCACAGCCUCCUCGUCCUCUUCGGGUUCGGAGGUGCGACACAAGGGCGGGAACAGCAGCAGCAGCUCCACCAACCAGUCACCGGUGAAGCGAUCCGGCAAGCACUCAUCUAAGGAGCAGUCAGAACGCUAUAUCCGGAACGGCUCGCCAGCGGGAUCAUCAAAGCGCAAGAGCAGCUCUCCGAGUAGCUCGCCCUCUAAGUCAAAGCGCAGCGCUUCCCACAAAUCGUCCUCAUCUACGUUGCGCGGAAAAAUAUCUUCAGGGCGAUCACGCAGUCGAUCUCCAGUCUUCAUGGACGUUGAUCUCCGCAGCAAGUCACCAGAAUCCAAGGCAGCGGCUCCCUCGUCUCUACCUCAGGUGGCCGCCUCUUCAGCAGCAGCAUCUAAAGCAGCAAAUGAUUUAGAGAAACCUACAUUUCAAAUACUCGAACCAGGCCCUCCUCCAGCUCCUCCAAGUCCGCCGAUUAUAGAUGUAUCGAGUAUGGAUAUUGACUUGAGGCGGCCAAAGACGCCGCCUCCCCCAACAUUCGACUCAUCGGAAGGCCACGACCCGAAGGAAUCAAAUAGCGGCAACAUCAGCAGCACAAUAAUACUAGCUAGUGGCGCCUCCAACGCCUCCCCGCCAACCGCGUCCACUUCCAAAUUGCCCGCAAAAGUGUCGUUCAAAAUACAAAAACAGUUUAAUAAGUUAGAAAAAUCUACAGCGAAUCUAUCAACAGCAUCACUGCUAAACCCCAAUUCCACGACUUCAGCAGCCACAGCAGCAGCAUCAUCAUCUCUAGUCAGGCAUCCGUCGCCCAGUCCCUCGUCCUCGUCCCUCUCCUCGCAGGGUAAUGUAUCGGACGCCCUGCAGCAGUCCAUCAACAAGUUGCUCCAGGUUCAAGGUGGCUCUGGAACCGCCGAGAAACGUCCCGCAGACGACCUGCCGCCAGAAAUAGGCGACGAGGAGCAACCGCCGCAGCAGAAGCGCAGCAAGUCAACCAAACUGGACGCUCUCUUUGGCAGUGAAGAUGUGGACCUACGUCGUGAGAUUCCAACUGUUAAGCCAGGAGUAAUCGUUGUGGAAGACGACUCUAUGGAUAACUGCGAUGUCAGCAAGCCCACGAAGAAAUCUGGCUCGCCUCCAAAGAAGGCAACGUUAGAAGAACUCCGUGCCAAGUUGGCGAAUUCAGCUAGACUCCAGAAUAAGCAAGGAAAGUCUGACAAGGGAAAGGAUCAGGCAGUCUCUCAGCGCCUUAAGCAGCUGACCGAGUUGAAAGCCAACGAUGAUUCCCAGGAGGCGCACGACGAAAAGAUGCGCACGAUUCUCAGCCAGGCUCAGGAGAUGUUCGAGAAUCACAGCAUGAACCAGGAACAGUACAAGGAUCUGGUGCAAAAAGUGGUGGCCAUCAAUGAGAACAGCAAGUUGAAGGAUGCUCGACGCCGAGACGAUGAUCUAGAGCGCAAUGCAGCCAGGGAUGCAGUGCUACGCAAACGCAUUCCCAAGCUGAAGGGCAACGAAAAUCAUUCCUCGGGCUCGCCGCGUAGCGAUGGAUCACCGCGAUACGAGGAUCAACCAGCGCCUGCCCCAGAGAAACCCCCGAACAAAAGGGAUAAGACCAAGAGGGACGUUAAGCGUCGCAAGCCCAGCAAAUGGGGUGAUCAAGUGGAUCCGGUUGCUGCACAGCGAAGUGCUUGGCAAAUACCUCCCAAUGCCAAUAAUAUUAAUAACAACAACAAUAACAACAAACGGAUCGGUAUCCAAAUGCCCGUUCAGCCUCAGCCUGGAUUCCGUGGCAUGCCUUGGCAACAGCCACCGGCCAUGGUAAUGGCCCAGUCUGCAGUUCCACCGCCACCGCAACCACCGUCGAUGAUAGGUCUACCACCCGUGCCGCCGGUGACCAUGACCAAGGCCAUUAAUUCCCUUGAUAAUCCCAUGGCAGAUGUGGUGCGCAGCAUCACAAUCGACGGAGGAUCUAAGGAGAUUCGCUUCUACAACCAGGUUGCCAUCAUCUUCAUGGAUGGCGAUCAACCGCAUGAAAUUGGUUUCCAGCAGGGUCAGCGCGUUAUCCUAAUAGACCACAAUGAACCACUGCCGCUUUGCUUCAACGAUGACUACAAGCCGUUCCAGUUGGAUGGUCAGCUUCACCGCAUUCGCUUCGGUUUCCCAUCCCGCGAACUCUACAUCGACGAGCACUGGUAUGAGAUCUAUUUUGGUGGUCCGCCCGUAUCCGUGCCCAUUGGAAACAAAAUGCAUGUUAUCAAGGCAGAGGGUCCACCGCCAAACGUGGACAUUGGCCGAGUGCGACGAGAUUUGGUCGUGGGCAAGAUCAACAUGAUUGUGGAUGCGCAUACUAUAGUGCCGCUCUUCCUGGACGCCAGACAGCAGACCUUCCAGCUGGGAGCCGAACAGCAUUCGCUGCAGUUUGUGGACAGUUUCCAAUACGCCUUGCUCGAUGGGCAGCUGCAGAAGAUCGAAUACGGUGGUCUUCCGAAGGGAAUGACUUUAAAUGGCGGUCGCAACUGCUUCAUUCGUUUUGGCACGCUUCCCAAGGGAGUCAUUGCGGGCAAGACACAUGUGGCAGAUAUGGUGUAUAUUAAGACUGAAGCUCCGGCAGAGCCACCCAAGCCGCCGCCAAUGAUUGUUCGGCCACCGCCCGUGGUGGAGCAACCAAAACCUGCUCCAGCAGCUGCCGCUGCUCCUAUUUCCCUGCCAGCAGCCGCCGCUGCGCUGGAGAGCUUGAACAUCAAUGACUUGUUCCAAAAGCUUGUUUCGUCUGGAAUAAUUGGUGGUGCUGCUGCUGCGCCAUCUAAGCCGGCUGUAGAUUCUUCAGCAUCCAAGGAACCAACUACCAAAGCUAGCGAGGCCUCACCAGCACCUGCAACAGCUGCUGCUCCUGCUCCAGUUCCUGCUGGUCCGCCCUUGGAGCCCAUCAAGCGCAUCGAUCUCCGCAAGCCAGAGACCAUCAAGACUCGCCAAGCGGCGGUGGUAGCCACUCUUUACCUGGGAAUGCAGUGCAGCAGCUGUGGAGUUCGGUUCCCGCCAGAGCAAACCAUCAAGUACAGCCAGCACUUGGAUUGGCACUUCCGCCAGAACAGGAGAGAGAGAGAUUCCACCAGGAAGGUCACCUCCCGCCGAUGGUACUACGAUCUCAACGACUGGCGGCAAUACGAGGAAAUCGAAGAUGUGGAGGAGCGAGAAAAGAACUUCCUGGAGGCUCAAGGACAACCAGGCGGUAUUGAGGCCCUCGAAGAGCUCUCCCAGCAACGGUCGCUGGAUUCACCCGUGCCAACGUGCGCCGCAGGAACGGAUGAUGUGGAUCACUGCUGCGACAUGUGCCAUGAGAAGUUUGAGCAGUUCUACAACGAAGAGCUCGAGGAGUGGCAUCUGCGUAGCGCUAUCCGUGUGGAGGACAAAAUCUACCAUCCACUGUGCUACGAGGACUACAAGGCCUCGUUGAAUCCCCCGGCGGAGGUGAAAUCCGACAAGGAUGUGGACAUGAACAACACCGAUGAUAAUGCCAUGGAUACACUUAUCAAAGUAGAAGACGACGAUGAUGAUGAUGAUGGUGCCACCAAACCACCGCAAUCCAUUAUGGAUGAUGAUGACGAUGAUGUCAUUGUGCUGCCCAAUGAGGAGCCCAGUGUCACGGAGAUCGUCGACGACGACGACGAGGACGAAUACGUCCCCGGCAAUGUGACACGGGCGGACAUGGGCAACGAGUCCCAGGACAAGCCAGAGUCCAGUUCCGAGACAAAGGAAGCGGAGACAGAGAAGGAGAAGCUUGGUGAACAGCCCCAAAGCGAAUCGGCCAAUGAGUCGGAUGUGGAGAUCCAAGAGCCAAACAUUCCCUUCACCGAUCUGGACACCUAUGUGGAGAAGGAAAUGGAUGAGGCCACUAAGGCGGCGAUGCUCAACGUGAAGAUCAAGGAGGAACCCAAGGACGAGUAUGAGGACGACGAGGACGAUGGCUUUGAGGACGUGGGCACGGUGGUCUCCCUGCUGCCGCUGCCCGAGGACGAGAUCUCCAUCCACAGCAGCGAAACUCAAACGCACACCAUCGGCUCGUCGGCUUCGCCGGCCACCAUCGAGCGGCCUGCAUCGGUGACCUCGCUCUCCUUGCCCGCCAACGACGCGGACGAGGUGGAGCAGCAGGCAGAUGCCGCCGCCGAUACGGAGGCGGAACUGAACGGAGAGAAGCAGGAGUCCACGCAUAACCUGAGCUCAGUGGGUCCGGCGUUACCUUUGGCUAGCAUAGUUAAUAAAAUAAAGAUAAAUAUCACUAAGAAUACGAGUAGUAAUAGUCAUAAUAGUGCCUCCAACGCCACGACGACGGACACGCAAGUCUCGGCCAUCAGCGUCAUCGGUGGAUCAGGAGGAGCAGCAGCAGCUGGUGGUGGUGCAUCCGGAGGCGGAGAGGCCACGCAGCAGCAGGUGAACGCCAUUCAAACCAUUUCCACCAUUCCAGUGCUAUGCGGCGGCAACACGUUCGUGCCCAAGAUUGCGACCAGCACGUCCUCCAACGUAAUCAGCUCGAUCUCGGUGAUUGGCAGCAGUUACGGCGGAAGCAGCAGCAGCAGCAACAAUGGCAGCCGGAGCACUAGUUCCACCGCUACAUCCUCUGCAGCUGCAUCGCUUCCGGCGGAGACGGCCAGCCGGAAAUCGCCCACCCCGCCGCCCGCUGCCGUGGAGCCGGACCCGGAACCCGUCGUCGAGAUGAAGCCGGCGCUACGGAACGCCACGCUGAAGCGGACGAAGAAGGUGCACAACGGCAUCGAAACGUCGGGCCUGUGCUCCAUCAUGUAAAUCGUGACUCAUUACCAGGCCAUGAUUAUUCCUAUUUAAUUUUUACUACGAUUACUUUUACACGUUACUUAGUUUUAGAUAGCCAGCGAGACGUUCUCCGCCGGAGAGCGUCGCCUCGUGAUCCUUAGGUACCCGAUAUUUCCCCCCAAAUCCGGCGCAUACACACUCGUCUAAAAUAAUUUAUUACCGAAAAAAUACAAAUAACUGGCAAAAUUUAAUAAAAAACCACUUACAGAAUAAAAACAGAGUAUACAUAAUUUGUGAUAACUUUAUAACACUAGCAAACUAAAAACAUUUAUUUGACCAUUUUGUCCACAUCAAGCCCAACAAUGUGUAAUAUUGCGUAUUUUUUAUGCCGAUUUGAGAAAAUAAACAACGAAAAAUGAAUCCAACAGAAGAUA